CGCGGGGCCGGGAGCGUCCGUGUUUUCUUGCUGGCGCUCGUGUCCGUCGGCUCGGCUGGAGAGGACGAAACAAAAGGAAGAAGUCCUUGCCUUGCCCGGAUCGGCGAUGGUGGGCAUUCCGGGAGCUUCGCAGUGGGUGAGAGCCCUUUGAAACCCCAGUAAAAUGAUCCCAUAAGAUGGCAACAAACUGCUCCUUCCAAUUCCCUUCUCACACAAACUUGUUUGCUGGUGAGAAGAGAGUAUCAGUAAUGCCAGGAUCCCCUGUGGAAGUCAAGAUACAGGCAAGAUCUUCUCCAUCCAGUAUGCCACCAUUACCACCUGUCAACCCCAGUGGCCCUCGGCCUGUUUCGUUUACCCCAGCAGCAUUAUCUAACGGGAUGAAUCAUUCUCCCCCGACUUUGAAUGGAGCCCCUUCACCGCCCCAGAGAUUCAGCAAUGGUCCUGCAUCAUCUUCCUCAUCUUCACUGACGAAUCAACAGCUCCCAGCUACCUGUGGGGCUCGACAGCUGAGCAAACUGAAACGCUUUCUUACCACCCUUCAACAGUUUGGCAAUGAUAUUUCACCAGAAAUUGGAGAAAAGGUCCGGACUCUUGUUUUGGCAUUAGUGAAUUCAACAGUGACAAUAGAGGAAUUUCAUUGCAAGCUUCAGGAGGCUACUAAUUUUCCUUUGCGUCCAUUUGUAAUUCCAUUUCUAAAGGCCAACCUUCCUCUCCUCCAGAGGGAAUUGCUGCACUGUGCUCGAGCAGCCAAGCAAACCCCUUCUCAGUACUUGGCCCAACAUGAGCAUAUUCUGCUGAAUACAAACACAGCAUCCCCUGCUGACUCUUCAGAAUUGCUAAUGGAAGUAAAUGGAAAUGGAAAGAGGCAUAGUCCAGACAGAAGGGAAGAGAAUAACUUUGAGAGAGAGCCGAUCCCUUCAGAGCCUCCCACCAAAAGGGUUUGCACCAUUAGCCCAGCACCUCGGCACAGUCCAUCCCUCAUGUUGCCCAUCAUAAACGCAGCUGGGCAAUUUCAUCCUACACCUCCUCCGCUCCAGCAUUAUACCCUAGAAGACAUUGCAACAUCCCAUUUGUAUAGAGAUGCAAGCAAGAUGCUGGAACACAGGGAUUUGCGAGAAAGACAUAGUAUAGGAUUAAAUGGAGGUUACCAGGAUGAACUGGUGGAUCAUCGCCUAACAGAGAGGGAGUGGGCUGAUGAAUGGAAGCACCUGGAUCAUGCAUUGAAUUGUAUUAUGGAAAUGGUAGAAAAGACCAGGCGUUCCAUGGCUGUCCUUCGCCGUUGUCAAGAAGCCGACAGGGAAGAGCUCAAUUACUGGAAAAGACGAUGCAGUGAGCCCACGGAGCCACGGAAAGGAGGGAGCGAUUCAGCCAUGCGUCAGCAUAGUCCUGCAAGCUCAGACACAAUCAACAGUGAAUCUCAGCGGGAGAGCAGUAGCAGGCCAGGAACAGCAGGUUAUGUCACAGAAGAGAUAUGGAAAAAGGCUGAAGAAGCUGUGAAUGAAGUCAAACGCCAGGCUAUGUCUGAAGUCCAAAAGGCAGUAGCAGAGGCUGAGCAGAAGGCAUUUGAAAUGAUUGCAUCAGAAAGGGCUAGAAUGGAGCAGACCAUUGCUGAUGCCAAACGCCAGGCUACUGAAGAUGCUUUCCUAGUGAUUAAUGAGCAAGAAGAGUCUACAGAGAGCUGCUGGAAUUGUGGCCGCAAAGCCAGUGAGACAUGCAGUGGAUGUAACAUCGCUCGUUAUUGUGGCUCCUUCUGCCAACACAAAGAUUGGGAGAGACAUCACCGAAUCUGUGGACAAGGCCUGCACAGCCAAGUUAAGCCGGUGUCCUUAUCAGCCAGUCGGUCUUCAGCUGCCACUCUCAAUUCAGUUGAGGGAAUAGCAAGUCCGGCUCUGGAAAAAACAUCCACAGCUACUUCUCGAUCCUCCACACCAGCCUCUGUAACAGCAGUAGAUACAAAUGCACUCUAAAAGGGAACUCUGCAUUCAAUACAUCUUUUGUUAUUUUGUACCUUGAAAAACAGAAACCUCAAUACAUUAUUCAAAAUUUAUAUUCCCGCACUUUGGAAUUCAGUUUUGGCUAUUUGUUGGGGCGGGUGGCUUUUCCACAAUAUUACAGUGACAUUUUUAGAAACCUAUGUUAGCCCUUCCAAUUUGGGAUCUCAGAAUGAUCUCAGUAUUUCCUGGAAUAUGGAGAACUUUGUUUUAAUGAAACUUUCUCAAAAGAUACUCUAUAUUGAUAUAUAAUUUUAAGCUUCUAACUAGCAGAUUGUUCUUUCUUUUUAUCAUGAAGCAAACUACUUGGAAAGCCUUUUCUCUCCAUUUAAUGUUCCCAUUCUUCCUCUGUAUGAUCUGAACAAUUGGGUUUUCACUACCACCAACCAUUGCUAUUUGAGUACCUCUAGGCUUUUUACAUAUUGUGACAGAAUAAGUGGACCAUUUCAUUAUCAGGCAGAACUAUGUAAAUAAAAUAUAAUAUAAGCAGCCUGACUGUUCUUUUUACCUAGCAUUGAAAAUUUUUUUUGGCUUUCAUUUUCAUGUUUUCCAUAAUUCCUGAAAUAGAUACAUGACUGAAAGAUGUUGUUCUUGUGCUGUAAAAGGAAGAUCCCAAACUUGUUCAUAUAAUGACUCAUUGGCUUUUUCAGUUACUAAUUUUGGUAACUUGUGGAUACAGAGCAGAAUGUUUACGAAUUGGUCGGAAGACCUUAGCAGAUUAAAAUAUUCUGUCCAAAGAUUUUUCCAAAACAUCUUAUUGGAUCUUUUAACAAAUCAGAUUGUUUAAUUUUGUUAUCCCAACUCUGACACACUCUUCUCUGCAUAAAUGUUGAUGGCUUUAUAUAUUUUGUUUUGAAGGUGCAUUAGUGAAUAAAUUAAUUGGCACAUACACUCAAACAGUUAUAUCCUAGUCCAGACUUUCAUGUUCAGGUGCCCUCUAGGUACAUUGGUUUUCAGUUUUCAAAUUUUCCCAGAUUAGAUAACCAGUGACAUAAUUGUCUGUGGGAUUUAUCGAACUUGAAGUCCAAUACCUGUGGAGAGUGUUGUGUUGGAGAAGAUAAAGCUAUUAUUUCAGAACAUGUUGGUUACAUUAUAGAAGAUUCAUGUCAUUUAAUAACAUUCAUGAGCAGGCAAGGCUAAUGUAUUUAAGUCUCUUUUUCUGUAAGCAAACUAAAAUUGUUGACUCUAUUGAAGUCUAUUAUUUCAUGUAUUAAAAAAGUAUGUCAUCUUUCCAAGAUCACUCAUGAAGUUUGUAGGUUCCAAGAUUUCAAGAUCUACCCACUGUGUUUUUAUAAUGUAUCUAGUUUUUUUGCUGCAUUUAAGAAGGACUUUUUGUGAUUUUUUUUUUCCAUCUUAAACAUGCCAGAUUGCUAUAGAUCAAGAUCUGCAGACAGUAGGCAAACCACAACCACAGAUGGAAAGCAGGUUUUGUUAGCUUUAAGAUGCAAAUUCCUAGAAAACUAAAGUUAAUGUGAGGAUGGUUGAAAAGGGUUACACUCUUACAAUUACUCCUAGUAACACAGCUGCCUUUUGCCAACACUAACAUCAGAAAUUAUUGGGAGAUAUAUUUAUGCAUCUAGUUCAAAUCUCAGAGGAGUGGCUUCAUAUAAAGUCUUUUAUUUUUGAAAGGUUAUCAGAAUUUAUUCAGAUUCAUGUUUAUUAAAAUCCAGUACACUAACUUCUAAUCCCCUACAUGUAGUUUACCACAAACAUCUGUUUUGCCGCACUCAAAUAGAGGAGUGUGUCUUACUAUUAAAUUGAGAUAAUGAAUAUACAGUACCAAGGAAGAAGGCAUUUAUAUGUAAGGAAAGACUUUAUUCAUACGAUGCCAAAAUCUCAUGGUUUGAUGUCAUAUCUGAACUAACUCAUUGUAGCAAAAUAGUUUUCAGGGCGUAUGAGAUACUCUAAAGCACGGGUGUCAAACUUGUGGUGUCACAUUGCCAUCACGUGAUGUAUUGUGAUGUUUUUCCCUUUUGUGGAGCCGGAAUGGGCAUGACCUGCACGUGACACAUCCAGCCUGCGGGCCGCCAGUUUGACACCCCUGUUCUAAAGUAUUAUUUGGUGUUUCUUUGGGUUUGUUUUUUUCCAGAUUCUUGUGUUGCAUAUUUCCAUUAAUUCAUAUGCAUAGGCAUUGCUUGGAAAAAAAUAUUUGAAUUACACCUGGAACUCAUCCUUAAGUGAAGAUUUACCAAAGAGGGAUUUUUAAAAAAAUUCAUGCUGUUUAAUAAGAAUGAAAAUCCAAAGUCAUGCGUUCACACAUGUUUAUAGAUACAUUUGUAGUGUUCAUUUUAAGUAAAGGUUUGUAGUACUCCAAGGAGUUCAAACUGUUUCCAGGAUUUUUCAGCAAAUGUGAAAAUAUGAAUUAAAGCUGUGGUGCUAACAUUACUUAUUUGUUCCAAAAUUGAUUGCCACCUGAUUCUCUCCAUAGAACAGAAUGAUACAAGAUCAGCUCCAAAGAAAAGUAUGAAUGUAUGUUUGUCUGAGAGAGAGAAAAACAAUAUGUGCGUGUGAGGGAAAACAUUCAUUGGCAUUCUAAGCGUAUAUGUAAAUAGACAGUCUUCCAUAAUUUAACAUGGAACUACAAUAGUCUGCGGUGUAUUAAAUGAAAAAUACAUCAAUGUACAUAGGUUACAAUAUUACCAGUCAUAAUUUUAAAAUGAUUUUUUUGAAAAUGGAAAUGAAAGAUCUGAAAUGCUACUAUGGGAAUACUUUGUGGAUUCUGUUUUCUAUAUAUUUUUGUCAUUUGAUUCUAUUUUAGGAAUUUUUGUUACCAAUUUCAUGUGCAUAACUUAUUUAAUAUACUGUAUAAAAGAACCCAAACCUUUACAGAUGUAUUUAGUUUGUUCUACUCAUAGCAGUCAAUAAAGACUAUGUUCACC